ACAAAGACCAAGAAGACUGAAGAAUUUCGCAUGGAUAGGAGGAGGACCCGGUGGUGUAAUGGUUAAUACGCUCGUCCCGGCUUGAUAUAUUUUUUUAUUUAAAUUUUCUCUUUGUGAGUUAGGCACGGAUAGUUUGGGCAGAGAUGUUCGAGAGUGAGUUAAACAUGAAUGACAUAUUGCGAACUGAUCUGAUGCCGACUUACUUCAUGGUGGAGGAUGGCCAGACAGUGAACACUACGAAUGAAGUGGCUACAGAUUUGAGGUCAGUGAACGGGUCGAUCGAUGCAGCCCUGUCUACUUUGGACUUUCACAGAAAGAUGAUGAACGAAUACCAGUGCAGAAACUUCAUCGCGGAGCAGAUUCUCGAAGAGAUGGGCAAGAGCGUGAUCCAAGGUCGGAUGGGCCGCCCAUUCCUGGGCGGGGCGACCAGCUUGACCAGGCGGGCCCAGGAUGUGCGCAGCAACUUCAUGUACGAUGUCGGGUCCACUAAUUACCAGGAGUGGCUGGCUAAAGCUGCAGCUCUGAACGAUGUCUACCAACAGUACAACGCAAUCAACAAUUCAACCUUACCACCACCAACCGCACCAACCUACUCUGCAACCAUUCAGGACACCGCUCAAAUACCACAAACAGCUAACUUUAAUCCUCAGGGUUCCAUAACCCAGAACGGACAGAAUGUGUAUAACCCUCAGAAUAUUCCCAGCCCUCAGAACUCUCAGAUCCCCCAGAAUCCUCAGAUACAUUCCCGGGAAGGUUACGAGUCUUAUGAUGGUGGUCACGUGACCGGAUUUGCGGAUCAGGGUCCUGAAGCCGGAAUCCACGACGUGUCUAAAUACAGUGGCGGCUACGAGUACUCAAUGCCCCCACCCCCACCACCGUUGUACCAUCACCACGCCCACCAGGAAGAGGAAUACGUGGUGGAGCGCGACCACCACCACAUGGGGCUGGGGGACCUGUUCGACAUCUCCCUCACCGGGAUAGCCUUCCUGUCCUUCGGUAUGUUCGUGCUGCAAGUCUGCAUGUGUAUUACUAUGAACCAGCAGCCGCCGCAAGUAAUGCAGAUGGUUGACACCAGCGACACGGACACAGUAAACAUGGAAGACGUGUUCCGAUUCAAGCGAGAAUCGGACCAGAUGGACCAAUCCCGCCGCAAUGACCAAUCGGACCACCUUGGACCAUCGAAUUCCCGUCAGUCUAAUAGCUACGGCUACGCAACUCGCAUCGACGCAGAUCAUCUAAAAGAACUAGACCAAUCCAAGCAAUUAGACCAAUCCAAACAUUCUCCAUCCAGGCAGUCCAACAACAAAACCAGGAAUAAAAUCAGGCCUAUAUCUUCGUUCAAUAUUCUAGCCAAAUAUGCGCUGAUAGCGUUAAAACCUAGAUCCACUGAAUGUUUGUACCGAGCUUUGUGUGUGGGGAACAAACGUGCCCGGGAUUUGAAGGAUGCCAAUAAAUAUUGGCUCCCUGUUUGGCAUGCCGGUGUAGCGUGGACCCGGGGCGGAGCGCUAGGAGCGCUGCAGGCGGCGGCGCUCGGUCUCGGCGGCGCAGACUGCGACGCGCUCUACCCGGCAGAUGGUUGCUGAUAGUAAACAUAAAUAAAUUAAUCUAAAAA